UACUACCAAUCAAUAUUUAAAACUUGCUAAGAAUCCAAGUAUUGCAGUUUAAUCUUCGACUUUGGUCAAAAAUGGUUGAUUCCAAUCGAAUUUCAGACAUUUUCAAAGACAAGACUAUUUUUAUUACUGGUGCCACUGGUUUUUUGGGAAAAGUGUUAGUGGAAAAAAUUUUGAGAUGCACCGAAGUGAAAAAAUUGUAUUUGUUAGUGAGGAGUAAGAAAGGGAAAAGCCCCCAAGAGAGAUUAGAGGAUAUUUUCAGUAAUAUGCUCUUCGACGUCCUCAAAUCUCAAAACCCCUCCAGCCUCAAAAAAUGCCAAACCAUCAGUGGCGACAUCACUCAAGACAAUCUCGGUAUCUCCACCCCCAACCUCCUCCUCCUCCAAGAAGUCGAUUUUAUAUUUCACAGCGCCGCCUCCACUCGCUUCGACGACUCGGUCAAAACCGCCGUCAAGUUUAACACCAAAAGUACCAAAUGUCUCCUCGAUUUGGCUGAAAAAUGCCCAAAACUGAAACUUUUCAUCCACAUUUCAACAGCUUAUGCCUUCCCCAACGUCAAGGUACUUUACGAAAAACCCUACAACCCACCAAAGAACCCUCAUGAAGUACUUGAUAUGACCAAAUUUGGAAAAGAUGAGGAUAUUGAAGGACUUCUUGGUGACGUUCCCAACACAUAUACCUUCAGCAAGGCAUUAGCCGAGGCUCUUGUUGUGGAAAAAAUGGACGAAAUUCCAGCAAUUAUAGUACGACCAUCAGUUGUAUGCCCCACGAUGGUGGAACCCAUUCCAGGAUGGGUGAACAACCUUCAAGGUCCCAUGGGUUUGUUUGUGGGUGCUGGUAAAGGCAUAAUCCGUUCCAUGUACAUGAAAGGUGACUCGUACGCUGAUUUUGUCCCAGCGGAUUUGGCCAUCAAUGGUAUGCUUGUGGCUUCAUGGUACUACCUUUCCCAAGACAAAACCACUCGUUUCUACCAUUUAACUGCAUCAUCAGAGUACAAUUUCACAUGGGAGGAGUUAAUAACAACCGGGAAAAGUAUCAUUUAUAAUGAAGUACCAUUCAAUGGCGUUGUGUGGUACCCUGGAGGGUCAAUAAAAAAACUACGAUGGGUACAUGAUUUGUGCUUUCUUUUAUUUCAACUUCUACCUGCGAUUUUCAUUGAUACGAUUUUGGUACUACUCCGGUACAAACCCAUAUUGUACCAAAUUCAGAGAAGAAUACAAAAAGGGAAUGACGUUUUUGAGUACUACACAAACCGGGCUUGGAAUUUUAGUAAUAUGAAAGCCGAUGAAAUUAGAAAAUCUAUGAAUGAAAUUGAAAAAAAAGUCUACAAAGUUGAUGGUAAAGGAUUUGAUUUGAGGGAUUAUUUAAAAAAAUGUAUUUGGUGUGUAAGAAGAAACAAUCUUAAGGAACCAGAUGAGACAGUACCGGCGGCUAAAAGGCACAUGAAAGUAAUGUGGGCCCUUGAUAUUACUUUCAAAGUACUACUCGUCGUGGUACUACUGUACUAUUGCUAUCACUGGUACCAAAUAAUUGCCCGAUUUUUUUAACAAUGUAAUGGUUUUACUCAGGAUUUGUGGUACUAACACUCCCUUUUUUGAUUUGUGGUACUACCUUAAUUUUUCUAAAUAAAACGCAUUUAAAAAAUAUAUAAACUUUUAUUUGGUUGUCUUUUGCACUAUUUUUGAGGGAUUAUUUAAAAAAAUUAUUUGGUGUAAGAAGAAAUAAUCUUAAGGAACCAAAUGAGACAGUACCAGCGGCCAAAAGGCACAUGAAAGUGUAAGAACCACUUAAUUUAGUUAAUUUUACUUGAUUGUUUUUACAGAAUGUGGGCCCUUGAUAUUACUUUCAAAGUACUACUCGUCGUAGUACUACUUUACUAUUGCUAUCACUGGUACCAAACAAUUGCUCGAUUUUUUUAACAAUGUAAUGGUUAUUUCAGGAUUCGUGGUACUAACACUCCCUUUUUUGAUUUGUGGUACUACCUUAAUUUUUCUAAAUAAAACGCAUUUAAA